UUGUCAUCAAAAAUGAAUAUUGCUCGUACAGUGUGUGCAAUAAAACAUACAAGUUUCGGCAAAAAUGUCGUCAGAAAAUUUCGAAUUUCGUCCGCAAAUUAUGAAUCCUCACAAGCUACACAGCCACAGGUUAAAGAAGAGACAUUCAACUUCGAAGAUUUAAAAACAGUUGAACGUACGGAACGUAGAAAAGAGAAAAUACAGCCCUUCAUGAAGGACGUAUUUGUUUCGGUGUUCAAUCGCGACUUACUGGCAUUCCCUGAAAUUUUAAACAAAGACGAGUCCGAGGCACUUGACCAAAGAGUUAAUAUUCUCGAAAAAGUCUUCACUGACCCGGAAAAAUCAAAAAGCGAUCGCAAGGAAGCUCUCAAACGUAUCGGGUUGUAUGGAGCUCCAGUAAAACUGACCAACGGAGGCCUGGCUAUGAAUAUGACAGAAAGUAUAAGGUACUUAGAGACUGUAGGGCUAGAUCUCGAGCUCGGACAGCAAAUUAGUGACCAUUGGGUGGCAUUGGAGGCUUUAAAAGUUGGUUUUAGUGAAGAGAACUUUCAGAAAAUUGUUGACGACUUGAUUAGCGGAGAAAACCCUAUAGGGUUGUGCAUUAAAGAGAAAUUGGCUGAAAGGAUAUCACAGGCGGAUUUUAGGACUACCGCUGAGUUAGAUUCACGAGGUAUUUGGAGGAUCUCAGGUGAAAAAAUUUGCUUCAAUCAAGGCGGAUAUUACCUGGUGCUAUCUGCAGUUGAGGCAGACAGGUUGAAGGCAUUUUUGGUACAUCCCAAUGCUGAGGGUAUCACCUGUGACGAGAGUUGUGUUACGUUUUUGAAAACUCCUGGUACGCCUCUAGAUCAAUGCACUGAACAACAAAUAGCACAGACGUUGGGCCUGUCUAGACUGCAGACCGCCACGCUUUGUCGACGAGCCCUUCACAGCGUACUCAAACAUACUGAAGUUUUUGUUCACAGUCGUGCACUUGUUGGGAAACCUCUAGCAGAAAUGCCGACAAUUCGUUCCGUGAUAGGAGACACUCUGCUUGAUUUAUAUGCGAGCGAGAGUGCAGAAUAUUUUACAGCUGGAUUACUCGAUGGAUACAUGGAGCCUGAUGCUGAGGUUGAAGUGGCCAUGUGCAGGAACUUCAUAGGAAACCGCAGCCUAUCGGCAGCCCUAAACCUCCUCGCUAUACCGUCACUAGAGAUGCCCCAAGAGACAGCUGUACUACUCAAUAACAUGCGGGAACUAGUGUUGCGCGGCGAGACUCUACCGACCACAGUCAGUAUGUUUAUUGCUCUGAACGGCAUCCACCACGCGGGCAAACUGAUGGCGGACGAGGUGAAGCAAAUACGCAACCCCUUAUUCCACCCAACGUUUAUUUUCAGGAAGGUUAUUGCGAAUCGCCAUCAGGAAAGAGACGAUCCAAAACUAGAUCUCUAUUUAGCGGAACAUCUGCACCCUUCUCUAAAAUCACACGCGGAGCAAUUGGAAUAUUGCGUGCUGAGAAUGAAAUUCGCCUCUGAGACCUUAUUAAGCCGACAUGGAGUUGAUAUUGGAACUGCUUGCACGUAAGUAUAUUAUCCGGUA